GGGCGGGGCACGGCGCGCGGCCACUGAACACCGGGGCAACGUUAGUGACUCCGCCCCGCCUAGGCCCGCCUGGUCCCGCCCGCCUGACAGGCCACGGGGUAUAUUAGCGCCCCGCCGCCCACCGCUGGUCAGUGCGGCAAGCAGGAUGGCGGUAAUGCACACGCUGCGGUGGGCGGGCGAGGCGCUGCACCAGCACCUCUCCUUGGCGCUGGUCUUCUUCAUAGUCAUCCUCGCCACCAGAUACUUCUUCAGACAGCGCCACCACAAGCUGCCGCCAGGGCCUUGGGGCUUCCCGGUGGUCGGCUACCUGCCCUUCUUCGACAAUGAUAUCUUCAAGACCCUGUUGAACCUCAAGGGGCGCUUCGGCUCCAUCUAUCGCGUGAGCUUCGGCACCCAGAGCGUUGUGGUGCUGGCAGACCCCGAAGUGAUCCGCGAAGCCUUCAAGAAGGAGGAGUUCCACCACAGGCCCAAGGGCACGCUCUUCGACAUCUUCGAGGGAUAUGGACUCCUCAACACCACGGGCGUCCUUUGGAAAGACCAGAGGCGCUUCCUUCACGAGAAACUGCGAGGCCUUGGUAUGAAAACAACAGGAACAGGGAGAGAAAAGUUAGAAGCAAGAAUUAUGAGUGAGGUUAAAUGUCUGCUUCACUACCUGGCCUCUGGAAACGGAAAGGCGAUAGACGUGGAGGAAGUGUUGUGCAAUGCUCUCACCAACGUCAUUUGCAUCCUGCUUAUGUCCGUGAGAUUCAAACCACACAACCCUCACUUUACUCGCUUCAUGGAGCUUUACGACGAAGGUUUCAAGCUUUUUCUCAAGUGCAACAUCGCCUGCUACAUCCCAGCCUGCCGCUACAUACCGUCCGUGAACCAGAACAUCAAGAAACUCAUGCAGAACAGAGAGGAGUCUUGUGAUAUGAUUAAAAGCAUCAUCAACCAUCGCAGAGAGACUUUUGACCCAGAAAUGACGAGGGAUAUUCUGGAUAGCUACCUUCUUGAGGAACACCGCGCCAAGGAGGAGGGGCGUGUGGUGUACGACGGCUUAGACUUUGACCGCCAGCUGACACAAGUAAUGACGGAUAUGUUCAGCGCUGGGGAGGAGACAGUGAAGACUUGCCUGAUGUGGUCUUUUGUCUUCCUCCUGCGUCACCCUGAGGUCAUGAAGAGGGUGCAGGAGGAGCUGGACGCUGUGGUUGGAAGGUUACGUAUGCCCUCAUUAGAAGACCAACAGCAUCUACCGUACACAGAAGCCACGAUAUGCGAGGUGCUGCGGCGGUCCAGUUUGGUGCCUCUAGGGACAUUCCACGCCACCAGCAGGACCACCACUCUAGGGGGCUACACAAUCCCUGAGAACACGACGGUCAUUCCCCUGCUGUACGCCUGUCACAUGGACUCCAAACAGUGGGACAACCCCGAGGGAUUUGACCCAACGAGGUUCAUUGAUUCAGAGGGCGGUGUGAAGAAGCCGAAACAGUUCAUGCCCUUCGGUAUCGGAAGGAGGAUAUGUCUGGGUCAAGUCCUGGCGAGAAGUGAGCUAUUUCUCUUCUUCACGUCCAUCCUACACGUGUUUGAUGUGGCGCUGCCCGAGGGUGAACCGCUGCCCAGCAUGGAGGGGGACAUGGCCACCACCUACUCGCCCAAGCCAUUCAAGGUUAGUUUCAUUCAGAGGGACCCUGCAGAGAACGUUACUCCGCGCCCUUACGUAUUCCGAGGGGCUGGUCUGUGAACUUCUACGCCCUUGCCACGCCCCAGCCACGCCCCUGUCACGCCCCUGCCACGCCCCUGCCAUGCCCCUGUCAUACCCCUGUCACGCCCCUGUCACGAUCCGGCAAAGACCCAACAAUUCACGGAAGCAGGGGUGAAGGGUGAAGGGGUGAAGGGGUGAAGGGGUGAAGGGGUGAAGGGGUGAAGGGAUGAAGGGUGUUUCCGUCCACUGUUCGUAUUUAAGUGGAGUUACGAAUUGAACCAAAGAGUCUGUUUACAAUCCAAUGUCGACAUAUUGAUGCGGUGAGUUCUGUGAUACUUUAGGUGUAAAUAUAAUGUUAUGUUAUGUUAUGUUAUGUUAUGUACUACUAGUUGCUGCUGCCUCCCUUCCUCUUGUGUGUGUGUGUGUGUGUGUGUGUGUGUGUGUGUGUGUGUGUUCAGCUUGUUUAGAUGUGUUUUAAUCAGUCAUUCAUUUCUUUUCGUCUCUCUCUCUCUCUGUCUCUCAUCAUAAUCAUGUUGCUGACACGUUCAAAGCACACACACACACACACACACACACACACACACACACACACACACACACAUUUUCAGACCAAGCCCCCAACGUGUACCUUACAAGAUCAAACACACACACCUGAGGAACACCCCACAUCUCCCCACACCUGUCCAUACUUGCGUCACAUCUCCACACCUGCGGCUGUCACGGUAUCCCCCCCCCAUCCCCCGUCACGUCUCGUCCGCACACCAUGUAGAUAGAUAUAUUAAUGCAUUCCUCCCCCUCUUUGCUCACAAUAUAUUCCUUCUCUCCUAAUUUGUCCGUGUCGUGUCCGGAUGUUGGUUUAGUCCGGAUGCUCCACGUCCGGUUAAUUCUCUCUAUCUCUCUUUUUUUUUUUUUAACAGAAUUUCCGAUAACAAAAUGCUAAUAUACAGCGUUACCUGCGUUUAUUUCAAGUAAUUCCAAGUAAUUCCAGGUAAUUUCUAUCCGCAUUUAUGAAGUAGAUGUUUAUUCAAGGAAGAUUUUAUUUAACUUGUAUUUUUUUAUUUAUUUAUUUAUUUCUUUGUCUGUAUCCUGAAGCGCUUUGCUCUCUCACCACAACUGUUUUCAAAGGCAACAGAGACGAGAAACCGCUGUGUCAAGAGUGCUUCUCCCGCUGACAUUGGAAAAAUCUUGUUAAUCUGUCCCUAGAACCGUUAAAGCUCCCUUGAAAACCCGCUGACAUUGGAAAAAUCUUGUUAAUCUGUCCCUAGAACCGUUAAAGCUCCCUUGAAAACCCGUGUCACUUCAACUAAAGAGUCCGGUUAGUGAAUGUCCGGAUACUGGAGGGAUAACUGCUGCAUCACCCUGUCUUUUAAACAUGUUAGUCUGAAUUUGUAUAUGAAUCUUUUUAUAUCUGCACUUUACUCUCUCUCUCUCUCUCUCUCUCUCUCUCUCUCUCUCUCUCUCUCUCUCUCUCUCUCUCUCUCUAAACAUCUGAAUCCGUAGUUAUAUAUGAAUCUCGAUUUUUCCCCUUCCCUCUUGUUUAAAAUAUAUGAAUCUCUAUAUAUCUAUCCCCUCCCCCCAUCCUCUCUCCCUCUCUCUCUCUCUUUCAUCAACACCAGGUAGUCUUUAGUACACCUGUCCCGUGCUCAAUAUACUGCUCAAGUGGCCAUAAGUCAGGCACGUUAACAAGGCUGUCUGACUGAACUGCGCUAAUUAUAGAGGAAUGAUAAAGAAUGAAAGAGAAAAUGGAAUGUACAUUUCUUUGAGGGAAUGUAAUUGUUUUUAAUGUGUGUGUGUGUGUGUGUGUGUGUGUGUGUGUGUGAGGAGGCGCAGUGUGGAAUUAUUAUGUUAAGUAGAUAAUAACUCCAAUACAUUAUAAAUAUAAGUGCCAAGUCUCUUAUAGUGGAGACAAGAUUAAAAGAAACUAGGAGAAAGAAAA